GAGAGAGAGAGAGAGGUCUACUCAGUUCAACGUCAGAGACUCGCUCACUCUCUCUCACUCUCUGUGCCACGUAAAUGCCGCGCGCCUAUUAGCUGCCUCUCUCCUCCGCGCUGCAGAACGCCUCGUUUGAAGUCCGUGUAUAUGUGGGUGAGCGCGCGCGCUUGUGCGUGCUGGUUUUUGAGCUCGCGCUCGGAGUUCGGCGCGAGCUGAAACUUUCUUUCCUCCUCUUUUCUGUUCAGAGCGAGGGAGAGCACCAGCAGCAACAAGAACACUAAAGAACAGCGGCAGCAGAGUGGACCGCAGCGGAACAACCGUACGGCGAUUCAUUGCACUCUCAGCGCGCUGCUUCUGCGCGUGCGAGCGCGCUCUGUCUCGGGACCCCUAUAGUGCGCGAGGACCCCGGCUCGUUCCCUAAUCGCACCCCGGCCGGCGUCCUGCUCGCUGUCAUGAACUCCAGCUAUGCCCCUGUAAUGGACAGACGACUGGAGACUGACAGCCUGCAGGCCAAGAAGAACUUCUCGGUGAGCCACCUGCUGGACCUGGAGGAGGCGGCGGACAUGGUGGGCCCUCAGGCCGAGGAGAGCGCGGGGGACGCGGGCAGGACCAUGCUGGAGUCACCGGGACUGACCAGCGGCAGCGACACUGCGCAGCACGAGAAUGAGCAGCUGAAUGCGGAGGAGAAGAAGAAGCGCAAGCAGAGGCGGAACAGGACCACAUUCAACAGCAGUCAGCUGCAGGCGCUGGAGCGAGUGUUUGAGAGGACGCACUACCCUGACGCCUUUGUCCGAGAGGACCUGGCCCGUAGAGUCAACCUUACCGAGGCCAGAGUGCAGGUGUGGUUUCAGAACCGGCGGGCGAAGUUUCGCCGUAACGAGCGAGCCAUGCUGGCCAGUAAGAACGCCUCGUUGCUCAAGUCCUACUCAGGAGAUGUAACGGCGGUGGAGCAGCCCAUCGUCCCCCGACCUGCUCCACGGCCCAACGACUACCUAUCCUGGGGCAGUGCUUCCCCGUACAGCUGGUUCCCAAGGUCGGAGGGAGGGCCAGUGCGAGUGCCACAGAAAAUGCUGCCCACAGAAACACAAUGGCAAACUACCCACCCACUUGUGCCAACACCACUUCCACCCAGGGAAUGAACAUGGCAAACAGCAUCGCAAACCUAAGACUGAAAGCCAAAGAGUACAGCCUCAACCAGGUGCCCACAGUUAACUGAGCAUAGAUAGAGCGUUGAAAGGGGAGUGAGAGAGAGAGAGAGCGAGAGCGAAGGAGGGAGGAGUGGAGGAACAGAGAAUCGCUAAGGCCUCAAAUGAGCUGGAUGACUUGAAAGGCCUCAGAGGAGCUGGAUGAAUUGGUCUGAAGCAGAGAUCCUUCUUUUGCCCUUUUACAGAGCCAAUCUCCGCUGGGAAUAGAACAGCCCUCCUCUCCUUCCCUGGAAUUAUGGUUCAUUCCCCUGCUGCUCUGGCUUUUUUGUUACCGUCUUCAUCAUUGCUGAUGAAUGUAGCUACUUUUUUGUUCAUAUAUCUGGACUCUGAUAUGGAGACUGCGAGGCAGUCAAAGUGUCUGGAUGAUGUAACUUCUUCUUUCUUUGUUGUUCUUCUUUUUGUGGCCUUUUUCAUUUCGAUUCAACUGGAUAAAGUGUGCUCCUCAGAGAAGCCUGUGGGAGACUGUAGUGUGCUGUAAGCUUGAAAUUACACAAGAACUGAAUAAAAAAGUGAUGGGACUGUUAGCUCAUUUGGAAUUCUACAACCCAUGGACUUGAACUGGUCAAAAGCAUCUAAAAAUGGACCGCAGAUCUUGCAUUCAAUGCAAACAAGGGACUUUUUACACAAUUUUUAUUUUCUUGAUACUAUACCACUGAGUAGUAACUGUUGGCCCAUGGUGAAUUAACUAACUGCUCCACAUACUAACACAAAUGUAAUUCUUUUUUUGAAGAACAACGACUUAUAGUUCCUGUUUGAAUCUGUAUGACAUUUUAUAUUUGCAAAGCUUAUGGGAAUAAAAAUGAUUUCAUUUCAAGCAGUAACUUUAAUGCAGUCAUGUGAACAUUAAAAAAACAAUUCAUCAUCUGAUAUGUAAAAAAAAAUACACAUCGAAGUUAAGCUUCAUUUGUCGAGACUUAUCUGCUCUGGCGCGUCCUUUGAUUGCUGACCAUUGCUGAUAUCUGUUGCUGGCAACAGAGCAACUAUAUUGUGACAUUAAAAAGCAUACCCGCAA